AUGCCUGACUUCAAGAUCUCUGCCGCCUUGGACGGCCACGGCGAUGAUGUUCGUGCUGUGGCCUUUCCAAACGCCAAAACCGUCCUUACAGCCUCUAGAGAUGCCACAGUUCGUCUUUGGAGCCUCGUUUCGACCCCGCCUCCUACCUUCGACUACACCAUCUCCGUCCACGGAUCCAGCUUCAUCAAUGCCCUAGCUUACUACCCGCCCACUCAAGACUUCCCAGAGGGCCUCGUCUUCUCAGGUGGCAAGGACUCUAUCAUCGAAGCCCGACAGCCCAGCCGCUCCGCGGACGCCGACGCCGAUGCCCUGUUGCUGGGCCAUGCGCAUAACGUCUGCAGUCUAGAUGUGUGUCCCGAGGCCGGCUGGAUUGUGAGUGGAAGCUGGGACUCUUCUGCGCGUCUGUGGACAGUUGGCAAAUGGGAGUGUGAUGCUGUACUUGAGGGCCACAAUGGCAGUGUUUGGGCCGUUCUUGCGUAUGACAAGGACACCAUCAUUACCGGAUGCGCAGAUACGAUUAUCCGAGUGUUCAACAGAGCAGGACGUUUGCAGGGAAGCAUACGCGGCUCCACGGGCGUCGUUCGCGCUUUGUGUAAGCUUCCUACAGGCCACCCAUCCGGUGCACAGAUAGCUUCCGCAGGAAACGACGGGGCAAUACGUUUGUGGACCAUUAAUGGCCAGCAGGUUGGCGAAUUACAUGGGCAUGAGAGUUUUAUCUACUCUUUAGCAGUCUUGCCAUCCGGUGAAUUGGUCAGCUCCGGGGAGGAUCGGACAAUGAGGGUAUGGGAAGGAGGGCAAUGUAUCCAGACAAUCACACAUCCGGCCAUUUCUGUAUGGAGCGUUGCGGUGUGCCCUGAAACAGGCGAUAUCGUUACAGGCGCAAGUGAUAAAAUAGCUCGCGUGUUCAGUCGCGUGUCUGAACGACAGGGUGACUCUACGCUCAUACAGCAGUUUGAAAAUUCUGUAAAGGAGUCGUCUAUUCCCCAGGAACAAGUUGGAAAGGUUAACAAAGAAAAAUUACCUGGCCCAGAGUUUUUGAAGCAGAAAUCAGGCACGAAGGAAGGGCAAGUUCAAAUGAUUCGGCAAGAAGACGGAAGUGUUACCGCACAUACCUGGUCCUCUGCCACUCGCGAAUGGAUUUCUGUUGGCACUGUCGUCGACUCAGUUGGUAGCAGUGGUAGAAAGACUGAGCAUCAGGGGCAGGAUUACGACUACGUUUUUGACGUUGAUAUUGAAGAUGGACAGCCACCACUCAAACUCCCAUAUAAUCUAUCUCAAAACCCUUACGACGCUGCUACCAAAUUCAUCCACACCAAUGAAUUACCGGUUUCAUAUCUUGACCAGGUUGCCAACUUCAUCAUUGCGAAUACCCAAGGGGCUACGAUCGGCCAGUCUUCAUCUCAACCGGUCGCUGAUGCUAGUACAAGCUCUCAGUCACCACCUGCUCUUCCUCCUCGACCUAAAGUACUUCCUCAGAAGUCCUAUCUUUCCAUCACGACAGCGAACCUUAAAGCCAUCCAGAAGAAAAUCGGCGAGCUGAACGCCCAGUUAGAGUCUGCUGGCUCCAAAAAUCUUUCAUUCAGUCCGUCUGAGCUGGGAGCUAUAUCUGAGCUGUGCAAUCAGUUGGAGCAAACCCCAAAAUUAAAAGAUUCCUCGUUUGUUGAAAUUACCAUUCCGUUGGUUGUUAAAGCUGCGACGUCCUGGCCUGUCGCUAGCCGCUUACCGGGCCUGGACCUCCUGCGCCUUCUUGCCGCCGCCACCCCUCUCACAGCCACAGAGAAAUAUGGUGGAGGAGACUUGGUAUCGACGAUCAUCUCGAGCGGCGCCUUUGGCUCUCCUUUGAACGCUAACAACGCCAUGCUAUCAGUGCGUAUGCUGGCAAACCUCUUCGAAACUGAUGCUGGCCAACAACUAGUGAUGUCCGCUUUUGACGAGAUCGUGUCCCACCUAUCGAUAUCAGAUUCAGGGGCCACUGUGAAUCGUAACAUGACCAUUGCCGUCACAACCUUAUACAUCAAUAUGGGUGUUUAUCUAGGCUCUGAAGGCCGAUCGACGACCGCUGAGUCUGCUGAUCGGGCUCUCACCCUUUUGGGCCCGUUGACCAAAAUAGUAUAUAAGGAAACAGAUUCAGAGGUGGUGUAUCGUGGGCUCGUGGCACUUGGGACUCUGGUCAUCGCAUUGGGAGAAGAAGUCAAAAUGGCGGCGAAGCAGGUCUAUGAGCUUGAAAGUAUUUUGAGCGCAGUUUUAAACUCGGGUGCUGGAAAAGAACCAAGAGUGAAGAGCGUGAUUGGCGAAAUUCAAGAUGUGCUCUAG